AUGAGCGUCAGCGACACUGAAAGUAUCCGAGGAACCCAAUUCCAAACCACCCAAACCUUCCCCCUCGCCCACCCUCCUCCCCCCAAAUCCCAGACCACCCACCGUCUGCGACUCACCCCGCGAAGACUCCUGCAAAUGCAGCAACUAUCCACCCGAUCCACCGCCAUCAACACCCCCGCCCUCAUCCCUGUCCUCGACCUCUUCCGCCCCGCCCGUCUCUCCAAACCCAUCCUCCCCACCGGUCGCAAAGUCCGCGGUCAAGAUCUCUACCUGGCACAGAAUGAGGGGUUCUCGGGUCUCUCCUAUUCAUCCGGUAGUAACAGCCCCGCGAAACGAAAGGCGGCAGGACGGUCGAAAUUGAGUCGUUCGCUGUCGCGCUCGUUGACCACGAAAUCAACUAGUGGAAAGAACAAGGACAAGAACAAGAAAAAAGUCACAGAACCAACGGAUGGAACCGAAACGGCUAUCGCUCGACCAGGCCCAGAAGUCAUAGUCAGCGUACUCCACCGCGGGCCGAACCAGUCCCAGACCCAGAAAAAGAACAAGAACAAGAAGGACACGAGCAAAUCCCCCAAACAGUCCCCCGCGGAAGAAAAGGAGAACGAAAAAGAGAAAGAAAAAGAAGAAAUCAGCUUCCCUUUAGACGGCACAACCUGGACCGCGUCGCGCUCCCCAGACGGCUCCAAAUACCGCUUCGAGAUGCGGCCCACCUCAGAACACCACCACACGUCUAUCGCGCUGGAGUGGGAGAGACGACUCCCGAAGAAUGCCUCCUCGGCUGGAUCGAGUCCCGCUGGUUCCACUACCGGUGGGAACCCAACGGCGAAUGCGACUGACGGGAACAAUAAAAGUCGAUUUGUCCUAUGCCUCGCCGAAUCAGGCAUGCGCAAGCCGUGGCUGGCGACCUUAACAGCGAAAGGCGUGCGCAUCGGGUCCUGGGAUCGCGCGCAGCGGGAGAGGCUGUGUGGAUGUGUUGGGUGGAGGGAGGAGGAGGCUGAUGCGGGGUUUUACACGCUUGUUUUGACGCUGGGGGUGUGGGUGGGUGUCGCGGAGGGGUGGGUUUCGUAUUAA